GGCGGGUUAAAGACAGUUCCGACUGCUCAGUCCAACCAGAAACACUUUAACCCACAAAUCAGCUAUUAUCCAGCAAUAAACUUAGCUAUGGCUUUGAUCAAGAUCACCAUCAUCUGCUGCGCUCUGAUUGCCGCCAUCGAGUGCGCCCUUCUGCCGGCAGCUGUGCCCGUGGCAGGAGUUCCCAUCAACACGGAAGUGGAUCCCCAUCCCCAGUACGCCUUCGCCUACAACGUCCAGGAUGCCCUGACCGGGGAUAGCAAGAGCCAGCAGGAGGUGCGUGACGGAGAUGUGGUCAAGGGAUCGUACUCGGUGGUGGAUGCUGAUGGAUCCCUGCGCACUGUCUUCUACACCGCCGAUCCCAUCAACGGCUUCAAUGCGGUGGUGCAACGCGGUCCGGUUCCCGUGGCAGUGGCUCCCCGCCCACUGGCUGCCCCACUUUUGGGCUAAGAUCCUGAUCGGCUAGAGCUAAUAGAACUGCUGGAAUCUAGCUUGUACAUAACUUAUUAUAAUUAUCUGCUCCAUAGUCCCAUCUAAAGUCAUGAAUAAGUUUUCUAAGUCUUUAAUAAACUCAGUAAGAAAACCA